ACUUGGGCCCCGCGUCCUGCUCCCAUGGCCGCCUCCGGCUCCCCGCGCUGCCCCCUUUCCCCCGGGCCGCGCCCCGGGGCCCCGCACUGACGGCCCAUGGCGCCGCCCGCCGCCCGCCUCGCCCUGCUCUCCGCCGCGGCGCUCACGCUGGCGGCCCGGCCCGCGCCCAGCCCCGGCCUCGGCCCCGGACCCGAGUGUUUCACAGCCAAUGGUGCGGAUUAUAGGGGAACACAGAACUGGACAGCACUACAAGGCGGGAAGCCAUGUCUGUUUUGGAACGAGACUUUCCAGCAUCCAUACAACACUCUGAAAUACCCCAACGGGGAGGGGGGCCUGGGUGAGCACAACUAUUGCAGAAACCCAGAUGGAGACGUGAGCCCCUGGUGCUAUGUGGCAGAGCACGAGGAUGGUGUCUACUGGAAGUACUGUGAGAUACCUGCUUGCCAGAUGCCUGGAAACCUUGGCUGCUACAAGGAUCAUGGAAACCCACCUCCUCUGACUGGCACCAGUAAAACGUCCAACAAACUCACCAUACAAACUUGCAUCAGUUUUUGUCGGAGUCAGAGGUUCAAGUUUGCUGGGAUGGAGUCAGGCUAUGCUUGCUUCUGUGGAAACAAUCCUGAUUAUUGGAAGUACGGGGAGGCAGCCAGUACCGAAUGCAACAGCGUCUGCUUCGGGGAUCACACCCAACCCUGUGGUGGCGAUGGCAGGAUCAUCCUCUUUGAUACUCUCGUCGGCGCCUGCGGUGGGAACUACUCAGCCAUGUCUUCUGUGGUCUAUUCCCCUGACUUCCCCGACACCUAUGCUACGGGGAGAGUCUGCUACUGGACCAUCCGUGUUCCGGGGGCCUCCCGCAUCCACUUCAGCUUCCCCUUAUUUGACAUCAGGGACUCGGCGGACAUGGUGGAGCUUCUGGAUGGCUACACCCACCGUGUCCUAGCCCGCUUCCAUGGGAGGAGCCGCCCACCUCUGUCCUUCAACGUCUCUCUGGACUUCGUCAUCUUGUAUUUCUUCUCUGAUCGCAUCAAUCAGGCCCAAGGAUUUGCUGUUUUAUACCAAGCCGUCAAGGAAGAACUGCCACAGGAGAGGCCCGCUGUCAACCAGACGGUGGCCGAGGUGAUCACAGAGCAGGCCAACCUCAGUGUCAGCGCUGCCCGGUCCUCCAAAGUCCUCUAUGUCAUCACCACCAGCCCCAGCCACCCACCUCAGACUGUCCCAGGUAGCAAUUCCUGGGCGCCACCCAUAGGGGCUGGAAGCCACACAGUUGAAGGAUGGACAGUCUAUGGUCUGGCAACUCUCCUCAUCCUCACAGUCACAGCCAUUGUAGCAAAGAUACUUCUGCACAUCACAUUCAAAUCCCAUCGUGUUCCUGCUUCAGGGGACCUUAGGGAUUGUCAUCAACCAGGGACUUCGGGGGAAAUUUGGAGCAUUUUUUACAAGCCUUCCACUUCAAUUUCCAUCUUUAAGAAGAAACUCAAGGGUCAGAGUCAACAAGAUGACCGCAAUCCCCUUGCAAUUCAGGACUCUGCAGUGACAUCACUCAUCUGGCCUCAGGGGCAGCCCAGAAGUAUCUGACCAUAGACACAACUAGGCUCCGUGGGCAUAACUGGGUGGCAACUUCAGAGGGCAGAGGGGACACCUUCAUUGCCUCUCCUCGCACAGAAACGGUGGGCUCUCUCUGGCCCAGCGUGGUGGUUCAUGCCUGUAAUACCAGCGCUUUGGGAGACUGAGAUGGGAGGAUUGCUUGAGCCCAAGAAGUCGAGGCUGCAGUGAGCUAUGAUCACACCACCACACUCCAGCCUGGGCAGCAGAGCGGGACCUCGUCUCUAAGAAGAGAAAGAAAGAGAAACGGUGUCCUCUGCACAGCUGGUCAGAACUGUGUGACUCACUUGAGGCAGGACUGAGAGUGACAUCCAGUUGCACCUUUCUCACCUCCUUUGGGACCCUCGGGGGUGAGUUGCCCUUUGUCCUCUCUUGGAAACAGCACACAGCAAGCAACCACAAAACCAGAGUGGAAGGAGGGACUUCCCACCGGCAUCCAGCCCUGGUGCCAUGUUUUAUCAUCUGGAACGGUUGUGAAGCCUUGUGUGACUUGCUGAGGAUCAGCAGUCACCAUGGUCUAAUCCCAAGAGGGACUCAUCACCCAGCGACCUCUAAAGGCCCCAGGCCCACUGUGGUUUUUUCUAAGAGGCUCCCAGAACCAAGUGGCACGUUGGUUUCCUGUGCGUCUGUGUCUUUGUGCCUGUAUCUUGCUGGGCGACUUCACAGGAAGCAGGAUUUGGGCAUUCCCGAAGCUCCCAGCUGGACACCACUCGUGAGCGCCACAUCCCAUGAUCACUUCAACCACAGGCCUUUGACAUCACCAUGUGGCAAGGCACCCAGCAGAAGAUGAGGAUGACGGGUGUUGCCAGAUGGAUGCGUACCUGGUGGAUGGCCCACACACGAAGCCUCGAGACCCUCAGGACUGGCCAUAUAAUCUGCAAGGUCCAGUAUGAAAUGAGAAUAAGCAGCCCGCACAACUGGGCAUAGUGGUUCAUGCCUCUAAUCCCAGCACUUUGGGAGGCCGAGGAGGAUGGAUCACUUGAGGCCAGGAAUUCGAGACCAGCCUGGCCAACAUGGCAAAACCCAUCUCUACUAAAAAUACAAAAAUUAGUUGGGCAUGGUGGCACACACCUGUAAUCCCAGCUACUCCGAGACUGAGGCACAAGAAUCGCUUGAACUCGGGAGGCGGAGGUUGCAGUGAGCUGAGAUAACGCCACUGCACUCCAGUGUAGGCGACAGAGUGAGACCCUGUCUC